CUGUUGCGUUGAGCACUGUUCUCCAGGCUUAUUUGAGCUCGAUCAAAAGACCUUCAAGACGAAGAACACACACACACACAAACACACACUACUAGAAUGAGUGCAGACGGCGAGCGCACCAUCGACCUGCCGCCAGAGACGCUCAUGGCCGAGAUUGCCUCGACGCGGCUCCUCGCGAUCGACAUUGGCGGAUCGCUCGUGAAGCUCGUCUAUCUGACGCACAGGCCCACAACCACAUCGACUACGACGAGUUCAACUGCAGCUGGAACGAACGCCGAUGGUGGAAGUAGUACUGCUGUGGCUGCUGCUGUGGCUGCUGUGGCUGCUGUGGCUGCUGUUGGGCCGCCAUCACGAUCAGGCAGCUUCAGCGAAGCCGAGCCAGCUGGGUUUGCUGGGGCGCCGGCGGGGACGCGCCUCCACUUUAUCAAGUUCGAGACAAAGUACAUUGAGCGCUGCAUCGAGUUCAUCCGAGACAACCUGCUGCGCUCCAAGCAAGAGCGCGAGGCGGCGGCAGCGGCUGCGGGAGACGGCGACAAGGCGGCAGAGUACAUCCACGUCAGCGAGCAGGCCACAGUCAUCACGGCGACUGGCGGAGGCGCCUACAAGUACAUUGACAUGCUCGAGGAGAAGCUCGGCGUCAAGGUCUACCGUGCUGAUGAGAUGGACUGCUUGAUUGCCGGGUGCAACUUUCUGCUGCACAAAGUCCCCAACGAGGUCUUCAAGUUCAAUCGCAACGCAAACAUGCCCUACCGCGCCCAGGAGGCAGGCAGCCACGUCUUCCCUUACCUGCUGGUCAACAUUGGCUCGGGCGUCAGUCUCGUCAAGGUCAACAGCGAGACAGACUACGUGCGCGUUGGCGGCACCUCGCUCGGCGGCGGCACUUUUCUCGGCCUGUGCUCGCUGCUGACCAAGUGCUCGGACUUUGAUGAAAUGCUCGAAAUGAGCGCACAUGGCAACCACCGUAAUGUGGACAUGCUUGUCGGUGACAUUUACGGCCGGGACUAUUCCAAGAUUGGGCUCACUUCGGAUACCAUUGCCUCCUCCUUUGGCAAAGCCGCGCGAUGGAAGUCCGACGGCAACCGCGAAUCUGCUCACUUCAACGACGGAGAUGUUGCCAAGAGUCUGCUGCACAUGAUUAGCAACAACAUUGGCCAGAUUGCCUAUAUGACUGCCAAGCAACACAACAUCAAGCAAAUCUAUUUCGGUGGCUUCUUCAUUCGUGGGCAUUCGUACACAAUGCACGCAAUCUCGUACGCCGUCAACUUUUGGUCGAGCGGCUCGAUUGAUGCCUUGUUCCUGCGACACGAAGGGUAUCUUGGCGCGAUUGGCGCUUUUGUUCGCGCCGACGACGCAGUGGAUGUGCGGCGUGUCAGCUGGGACGAGAACUUUGCCAAGUACAACAUUCUGCACAACAAGAGCGGCGCACACGUGCUCGACCAGACCGAAGGCAACCUCGUGCCGUAUCCCCUGCUGGAUGAGACUGCCGGCGCCUACGUUCCCGACGCUGUCGAUCUUGGCACCGAUCCCGAGCUGCGCGACUACUGGCUGAACAAUUUCGAGCAAACAUUGCCCAAGCUGGCAACUCGCGUGCGCGAAUUUUACGGCACUGAAGUCGAGACCUUGAAAAGCAUUGAGGCCUUCCAAGCUCGGUUUAUUCAGCACUUGGCUGCGGUUCGCGAAUCGCCGACCGCCUUCGGUCUGCUGUCUCCUCGCGUGCUCUUCGAUGUCCGCCAACAGUACUUGAACGAGUUUGGCUUCCCGGAUCCGUAUUGGGCGGUGAAACAGCAGGACAACGAAAAGGCCAUCAUUCUGCUCGGCAACUGGUUGGCGCAGCUCGAUUCCAUGUCGUGGGAGGAGCGUCAAACCCGAAUCAUUGAGGGCGUGCUUUCUGGCAACAUGUUUGACUGGGAGGCCAAGGCGGUGGUCGACAUGCUCGAGCACGACAAGCUGGAUUUCAGCAUUGCGCGGCGCAUGCUGCGCACGCCCUGGCUCUUUGAUGAUCUCGCCAAUUGGAUUGCGCGCCUCAAGAAGCCCAAUCCCCCGCAUCGCAAGGCCAUCAUUUUUGCCGACAACAGCGGGGUCGACAUUAUUCUCGGCGUCUUCCCAUUCGUGCGCGAACUCUUGCUGCGCAGCACCAGCGUUGUGGUUGCCUGCAAUACUCAGCCUGCAAUCAACGACAUUACGCAUCGCGAAAUCCAAGCGCUCAGCGAGCGUGCGGCCAACAUUGUGCCCGAGUUCCGGGAAGGCCUGGCCAACGGCAAGCUGCAGUUUGUUCCGUCCGGCAGCGGCUCGCCGUGUCUUGAUCUGGGCCGUGUCGACGAGCGCGUGGCCGAAGCGGCGGCCGAGGCAGACCUGACGGUGAUUGUCGGGAUGGGGCGAGUUGUCCACACGAAUUUCCAUGCCCGUUUCAGGCACGAGGCUCUCAAGCUGGCCGUGAUCAAAAACCAGCGUGUCGGCGAGCAGUUUGGAGGCAGCAUUUUUGAUGUUGUGUGCAAGUACGAGCCUGCCUCUCGCUGAAGUGUCAAGUAAUUUUUAGUAUUUUGUAUUUCUCAGUAUUCAAUGUGAUACACCCACGGUCUACGAGGCUGGGGAAAGUUCAACCAAUAGGAUUUUAGUUCAAAAUGCAUCUCCUGUCAAUGCUGAC